CCUCUCUUCAUCCCCAUCUUCAUGCAGCACGGGAUCAUCUUCUUCACGACCUGCUUCUUUCCUCCAGAUGACGUCAUGUUCGCCGUCUUCAACAGAGUUCUCUCUAGGGUUUGGUGAUCGCUCUUCAAUUUCUUGAUUGAGCUGGCUGGCUACCAACAUUAGAAUAUAUCUUUCUCUCUCCUUCUAUCUGCAACCAGAAGAGAUGACGUCAUCUCAGUUCAACAAAUCAAAGUCUCCCGACAACAAAUACAUGCUUGGAGAUGAAAUUGGUAAAGGAGCUUAUGCUCGAGUGUAUAAAGGAUUAGACUUGAAGAAUGGAGACUUUGUUGCCAUUAAACAAGUCUCGUUGGAGAAUGUUGUUCAAGAUGAUGAUCUCAACACUAUUAUGCAAGAAAUUGAUCUCUUGAAGAAUUUGAACCAUAAAAACAUUGUCAAGUAUCUUGGGUCAUGGAAGACAAAGACUCACCUUCACAUCAUUCUUGAGUACGUUGAGAAUGGCUCUCUUGCAAACAAUGUUAAACCAAAUAAAUUUGGACCUUUCCCAGAAUCAUUGGUGGCUGUUUACAUUGCUCAGGUCUUGGAAGGUUUAGUAUAUCUACAUGAGCAAGGUGUCAUACACCGUGAUAUCAAGGGUGCAAAUAUUUUGACCACAAAGGAGGGUCUUGUUAAGCUUGCUGACUUUGGAGUUGCCACUAAACUAAACGAGUCUGAGUUUGACACUAGCUCAGUGGUUGGAUCUCCUUACUGGAUGGCCCCUGAGGUUAUUGAAUUGAUCGGAGUUUGUGCUGCUUCUGACAUUUGGAGCGUUGGAUGCACUGUUAUUGAACUUCUUACUUGUGUACCUCCUUACUUUGAUAUGCAACCCAGUGCAGCUCUCUAUCGUAUUGUUCAGGAUGAUAGCCCUCCUAUUCCUGAUAGUCUUUCUCCAGAUAUUACAGACUUCCUACGACAAUGCUUCAAGAAGGAUUCAAGGCAGAGGCCUGAUGCAAAAACAUUGCUCUCUCACCCUUGGAUAAGGAACUCUAGACGGGCAUUGCAGUCCUCACUUAGGAAUAGUGAAGCUAUCAAAUAUAUGAAAGAAGUAGCUGCAAGUUCAGAGAAAGAUGAUAAAGGAAGUCAAAAUGUAACUGAAAGCCUUUCAGCAGAGAAAGAUGGGAUGUCAAAAACUCAGAAGGCAUCUGAACAUUAUGAAGCACCUGGAAAUCCUGAAACCGAAGCUUCCAUCCAGGUGGACCAGCCAUCACAUAGUCUUGUCCAAAAAGAUGAAGACCACAUGCUUAGAAAGGCUGUGGAAACUCCAUCUAGAGUUGGUGGGAAUGAACUGAGUGGAUUUAGUGAUACUUCUUGGAAUGAAGCCUCAACAUCAAUGCCUCCAUCACAUGCCAUCAAGGGUUAUUCUCCUGUCGCAGAUGGUGGAAAGAAUGAUGGUGGUGAUCCUUUCCUUUUAAUGAUGGGUGUCUUGAAAGAUGAUGUUGUUGGCAUUGAUGGCUUGGUAUUUAAUGAAAAUGUACCCGCAGAAAAUCUUUACCCUUUGCAGGCAGUGGAGUUCAGCAGAUUGGUGAGCUUCUUAAGGCCAGAUGAAUCAGAAGAUGCAAUAGUAUCUUCCUGUGAGAAACUUGUUGUCAUGUUUCGUCAGAGGCCUGAACAGAAGACUGUAUUUGUGACACAGCAUGGUUUCCUUCCUCUAAUGGAUCUACUUGAUGCUCCUAAAUCUCCAGUAACAUGUGCUGUGUUGCAGCUGAUAAACGAAGUUGUUAAAGAUAACACUGAGUUUCAGGAAAAUGCUUGUCUUGUUGGUAUUAUUCCUGUGGUAAUGAGUUUUGCUGGUUCUGGUCCUGAGAGGGAUGAUCAUUCUCAAGAAAUACGUAUGGAAGCAGCUUACUUCUUGCUGCAGCUUUGUCAAUCAAGCUCAACAUUGCAAAUGUUCAUAGCUUGUGGUGGAAUACCAGUUUUGGUGGGUUUUAUUGAAGCAGAUUAUGCCAAACACAGGGAGAUGGUUCACUUAGCUAUUGAUGGGAUGUGGCAAGUAUUCAAACUCAAAAAGUCCACCCCCAUAAAUGACUUCUGCCGAAUAGCUGCGAAGAGUGGAGUUCUUCCUAGGCUGAUCAACACUCUCGUUAGCUUGAACGAAGCAACCCGGCUGGCUUAUACAUCAUGGGGUCCACUGAGUGUAGAUGAUCAAGCUCCACAAGCACACUCUGGUCAACUUGAUCAGCCUGAGUCUUCACUCAUUGUGAUUGAUCAGCCUGAUGUGUUGACAACAAGUCAUGGUUGUGGUGAAGAGCCUUCUCAUGAUCCUUCAACUUCAAAUUUUCAAAGAACAGAUAUCCAUCAACCAGAUGGUGAUAGGCCUAGAUUGAUCUGUGUUGCAUCACAUGCCACAGAAAAAGUUAGACCUGGAAGUAUCACAUCAUCUUGUUCACUUGCCCAUAUGGUCUCUGGAGAUGUUGCAAGUGAAUACUUGGAGAAAGUAGCUGAUCUGCUUCUUGUAUUUGCUCGAGCUGAUACAACAGUCAAAUCACACAUGUGCAGCCAAAGCUUACUCAGUCUUCUUUUCCAGAUGUUCAACCGUGUAGAAUCUCCUAUUCUGUUAAAGAUACUGGAGUGCAUCAAUCAUUUAUCCACUGAUCCAGACUGCUUAGAGACUCUUCAGCGUGCAUAUGCAAUCAAACAUUUGAUCCCUAACCUUGACCUUAAGGAAGGGAAUCUUGUUUAUCAGAUCCAUCACGAGGUGCUUAGUGCAUUAUUCAACCUGUGCAAGAUCAACAAGAGGAGGCAAGAACAAGCAGCUGAGCACGGAAUCAUACCGCACCUGAUGCAUUUCAUCAUGUCAGCCUCUUCUCUAAAACAAUAUGCACUGCCACUACUAUGUGACAUGGCACAUGCAUCUCAUAACUCAAGAGAGCAGUUGAGAGCUCACGGCGGUCUUGACGUGUACAUGAGUUUGCUCGAUGAUGAGUCUUGGUCUGUAAUAGCGUUGGAUUCGCUUGCUGUUUGCUUGGCGCAUGACAAUGACAGCAGCCACAAGGUGGAGCAGGCGUUGCUCAAGAAGGAUGCGGUUCAGAAGUUAGUUAGGUUUUUCAAGAGCUGCCCUGAGAGACACUUUGUGCACAUAUUGGAACCGUUCUUGAAGAUUAUAACGAAAUCGUAUAGGAUCAACAAGACACUAGCUGUGAAUGGAUUAACUUCGUUGCUUGUUUCAAGGCUAGACCAUCAAGAUGCGAUUGUUAGACUUAAUCUCCUGAAACUCAUCAAGGCUGUGUACGAGCACCAUCCAAAGCCAAAGCAACUGAUAGUAGAGAAUAACCUGCCUCAAAAGCUGCAGAAUCUGAUAGGAGAACGACGUGCUGGACAAAGUUCAGGGGGGCAAGUUCUGGUGAAGCAGAUGGCAACCUCUCUGCUUAAAGCAUUAUACAUCAACACAGUCUUGUGAGUUAAUUAACCCUUGGGACUGUACAUUCACUCCCAUUUUUUUGCAAGAAGAAUUCACCCUCUAAGUGUGUAUAUCUUCUUCAUUUACAAAAUGAUUUCACCUGAAGGUGGUGGUGAAUGAAAACUUUAAACUGUUAACUUGUGUUGCACUCUUGGGGGGGGUUUUAGUACCUAGAGAUGCCAACGCUUCUGGGUUUUUUUGGGGGGGGGGGCAAUAUAUUGAAGUAAUUAGUAUGUUUAAAAGAUUUUGAUUUGUGAUAUAUUUUAAAAUGAAUGGAGAAGCUAUUUUGUAAGCAAAUCGUUCUAUAUUCAACAUCCACACAGCUGCUCCGAAUUUCUUAUGUGGUAAGUUAUAUUCAGCCAAUCAAGAGAAAAGUUGUAUUCAUUUUUUUGAAUGAAUGUACUCAAUCUUUAGCUUUUGCUUAAGAGGAUUGGAUUCUUUCCAUCAACACUGUGUCUCAUCAAGAAACAAAAGCAAAAUACUAUUAAAACCAUAAAAAAGUGGCAGCCACUUACAAAAGCUUUCCCGGGUAUUCCUGGAAGUACACAAGCAUGAAACUGAGAGAAAAAAAAAACUAAAGGCAUAGUCCUAUCAUUGCUUUUGUGCAUCUCACAUGGCUUACCAUGUUACUGUCUGCAUACCAUCAUCCCAUACUCCGAAUAUAUACCUUUCGUUUAUUCUAUUACUUAAGUUGGUUUGUGUAAAGUUAAUUUGAUAUGUCUUUGACACUAAAUUUAGUUUACGUUUCAACUCUUAGCUAGUUACAUAAAUAUCACUUAAUCAGUAUUUGAAUAGUGUCUUAGGGUACGAUUGACACGAUUGAGUUUAAAUGCAAGUUUGAUACUUAAGUUUGCAAGAGAUGUCUCUCCUUUUGGAGUUUCUUGUACCCACAUUUUUUCUUCGGUUUGUUAUAUUCUAUAUACUGUGAGAAUUUAUUCCACUAUGAUUUUAUUCGGUAAACUCCAAGGCCAUAACGUGAUGUGUCGAUACGAACAAUGAUGAUAGUGAUUAGUGACCACACAUAAUUCAACGACACCAAGACCCUCCAAAAUUUCACAGCUCAUCGCAUCAUUGAUCAUACUACUCGAAGAUGUGGUCAGGUCAGUUAUUAUUAUCAUUUGUGCGGACUUGAUGAAUAAUCCCAUAAGCAUAUUUAGUAGUAUUGACUAUGAAACAUAUAAACGGAAACACUCUCAUGCAAUUUCAUUAGUAUCCAAAGUUUAAAUUAAAAAAAAUGUAAUAUAAAGUAGUCCAAAUAUUAGAAGCAACAACAAAAAACUCAUGCGAUAAAAAAAUAAUAAACAGAGGUAAAGGCAAAAGAAGCCACAAACCCUAUGGUAUGUAGAGAUUGGUUUAAAAGAGAAACCCA